AUGACGAACGUGGUGAUUUUUGUAAAAUUGAAAAGGCGUCAAGGAUCCAAUCUUGAUUGCCAAGCAGCGACGAUGGUUGUGAAGAUUGAGCUUUCUGGUCAUCAGGAGGUGGAUGGUGUUACUUGGUACGAUGUUGAAGUGACGAACGAGAGCGGACGGUCAUGGAUCGUGCAGAGGCGAUACAAUGAUUUCGCACAAUUGGAUGAAGUACUCCAGAGAUCCAAGUCCCUGGAGCUCUUGCCGUUGCCUGGAAAGGAAAGCUUGAAUCCUUUGAAGCUAAUUGAUCGGGAUGGAUUCUUGGAUCGACGAACUGACGGCCUCAAAGCCUACUUGGAGAAAUUGGCUGUGCAAGUGCAAACCACUGCGCAGGAUCCAAUCCUGGAACAGUUUCUGCAAGUGGAUCUCUCAUCAAAACCUGAUCAAGACAGCACAGAGCCUGAAGCAGCAACGAGCGUUGUUGAGUUCAGUGAGCGAUGA